GACGAGUUGAGUUUGGACAGUUACACUAUUUUGUAUAUAAUCUGUCCUAAAUAAGAUACAUAUUUGCAGCUGUAUUCUGUAAAAUGGUCGGGGUAAAGGUGAUCGGAAAUGAUUCAGAAUUCCAACCUGAGCUAGCAGACGCCGGAUCAAGGCUUGCGGUAGUGAAGUUCACAAUGGCAGGGUGUCGACCCUGUGUCAGAAUAUCCCCUGCUUUCAACAUGUUGAGUAACAAGUACCCACACGUCAUUUUUCUUGAAGUAGAUGUACACGUCUGUCAGGCAACUGCUGCCGCCAACAACAUCUCUGCAACGCCAACGUUUUUGUUUUUCCGUAACAAAGUGCGCAUUGACCAGUAUCAAGGUGCAGAUGCCUCAGGUCUAGAGGAGAAGAUCAAGCAGCAUGUAGAAAACGACCCUGGAAGCAACGAGGACUCAGACAUUCCCAAGGGAUAUAUGGACCUGAUGCCGUUUGUGAACAAAGCUGGCUGUGAGUGCCUAAAUGAGAGCGACGAGAGCGGCUUUGAAAACUGCUUAGUCAAGGACACCACCUACCUGGAGUCUGACUGUGAUGAGCAGCUCUUAAUUACUAUGGCCUUCAACCAGCCUGUCAAGCUGUUCUCAAUGAAGCUCCUGUCCUCUGACUUUGCCCAGGCACCAAAGUGUGUGAAGAUCUUCAUUAACCUUCCUCGCUCCAUGGACUUUGACGAUGCUGAGCGUAGUGAGGCCACCCAGAACCUGGACCUGGCAGAGGAGGAUUUCAAGGACGACGGACUGAUUCCACUGAGAUACGUCAAAUUCCAGAAUGUCCAGAGCGUCACCAUGUUUGUGAAGAACAACCAAGGGGAUGAGGAGACAACGAAAAUCAAUUACCUUACUUUUAUUGGGACCCCUGUACAGGCAACGAACAUGAAUGACUUCAAACGGGUUGUGGGCAAGAAAGGAGAGAGUCACUGAUAAGGAAGAGAGGAGGAGAAGACUGCCCUUAUUGCUGCGACGAUCCCUCCCAGGACUUCCCUCUCGUCUUGUCUGCCAAAGCUGCCACCGAGAGGGUUAGGGCCUGCUCCACUGUAACACAACACAGACAACCAAUGCUGUGUUCCAAAUAGCACCCUAAUUCCCUUUUUAAAGUACACUAUAUGAUCCAGAGGUGUCAGCGGUUAAAAUGUAGUGCAAUUGUAUAGGGAGUCAUUUGGGACACAUCCACCAACCUAACGUUUAUAUGAGCUUGUUCCCCUCCGCCUGCCAGUGAAGUCACCAAGACGAGGCAACUCAAUUCAUUCAAAACCAAUUUUUUUUUUUUUUAAUUGUAAUUCAGACAAACACUGUAAAUAAACACAAUCCUUUUUCAAAGGCAAA